AUGGGUAGAAACAGAUUCACAGGCGGCAAGAAAUUUAAGGAGUUAGGAUCAAAAUCUGCGGAUGGAUUGAGAAAUUUCGUUGAUAAGCUUAUUUCAGCAGGUGGUGAUAAUUAUCGUCCUGAUAGAAAGGAAGUAGAUAGGUAUAUUCCUCAUAAGAGGGCCAAACUCUCUCCUGAUGCAAGUCCUUCAAGAACAACAUUUGAUGAUCGUUUUGCAGAAAGUGGAUCUAAUCAAACGAAUGAUACUUCAUAUCACACAGCCUGUCAAGAACAAAGUGUCCAUGCCAUAGAUAAUGAAGUAGUAAUGAAUCAAUCUCCACAAGAAUCAUCAUCAUCGUCAUCAUCAAAUGACGAUGAAACAGUUAAAUCAGUUCACAUGACAAGCACUUCACCUAAUCCGGAAAGUAUCCUUCCUCAAAAGAGACCAGCAAGUCCUGAAACAGGAGAGACUAGAGAUGAAUCGGCAACGACAAGUUCUUUAUUUUCUAAUGUUUCUGACAAAUCUGACAGCAAUGAGUUUCCCAAGAUUUAUGCUGAACCUACUUUUGAUAAAGAGAUUCCUAACCGUAUUGGAUUUACUGAUUUACAAAAGUUAGAAUAUGCUACCAAAACAUUACAAAGAAAUGUUAAAGUAAUUUUAGAAGAUGCUCCUGAUUGUGUUGAAUUGAAAACUUUGAUAAAUUCAGAUAAGAUUGAUCGAGCCCAAAAAAUUGAAUUGAAAACUAAUGAAUUAAUUACUAUGGCAUCGAAAUUGAAAUCUAGGUAUAAACUUGGUAGAUUACCUAUCUUGGAUGAAAUAAGUAAUGGAAAUAUUCAUUUCAAAAAAGAGGACUUGGCGGAAUUAGAAGAAAUUGCUCCAAUUGAACAAAGUAAUAUAGAAUUCAAUGCUCCUGUUAAUCCAAUCACCGAGGAAAUCGCUCCAACAGGGGUUGAUAAUACUUUGCCCGAAUUACCAGAAAUAAAGGAUAUUGGAUUAUACGAAAGAGUAUUUAUUCAUAAAUCUUCAGUCAAUAAUAAAGCAUAUUUAGAUUCUGAAACAUUGAUUAGGACACAUAAUGAAAGAUUAGAAUUUCUUGGGGAUUCUGUGUUGAAUAAUUUAGUCACAUGUAUUCUUUAUGAAGAAUUCCCCGCUGCUAGUGAAGGUAGACUCUCGAGAUUCAGAUCAGAUUUGGUUAAUAAUCGGGUAUUGAAAGAAUUUGCUUUUGAUUAUGGAUUUGAUAAAAAAUUACGUACAAAGAUUGAUGAUCUUAUUUUAAAAAAUGGUGACCAAAAAAUCUAUGCUGAUGCAUUUGAAGCAUAUGUUGGAGCAUUAGCUAUAGAAAGAGGACUUGAUUUAGCUGAAGUAAAACAAUGGUUAUUUGAUUUAUAUACCCCAUUUUUAAACAAAAUGAGACAGACGCUUGUUCAAGAAAGAUUAAAUAAAGAAGCAAAGGCUCAAUUAUAUUCAGUUAUAGGUACGGCUGAUCAUCAUCCACAAUAUAAAACCAUCCAAACUGGAGAUGGAAUCAGAGUCGAUUUCGUGGUUCAUUGUACUAUGAAAGAUGAAGUUAUCGGAGUAGGUACUGCUGGAAAUAUAAAAGAAGCAGGAUUAAGAGCAGCAAUGGAUGCACUUAAGAACCGAAACAAACUUGAAAAAUUCUAUAUUGAACGUCAAGAAAUCGAACGUCCACUUCGAAAAAUUCGUCGUGAAAAGAAUGAAUUGAAAAAAGAAGAAAGAAAGAAGAAAAUAGAAGAAGAAGUAGAAAUGCUCAAAAAUGCCCCUCCACUCCCACCCACAUCCCCAAUCAGAACAGGUCUUUUCCCAAUCCCGGUGGAUGAAGAAGCUCCAUUGGAUCAUUCGGCUAAGAAUGAAUUAUAUGCCGAAAUAGGUAGGAAGACAGGUACUCAACCCAAAUAUAUAAUUCGAACCGUAGGUGGUGAUCAUGAAGUCACAUUAACUAUUAGAAAUUUACCAAUUGCAACCGCGACUGAUUCGUCUAAGAAAAAGGCAAUGGCAAGAACUGCUAUGGCUCUUUUGAAUAAUAAAGACGCAAUGCGUGAGAUUUGUAAGAGGUUUAUUGCGGUUAAUAAUGAAGCUAAGGGGAUUGAUGAACAGAUGUCGAGUGCAAGUCCUGAGUCUUCUAAUUAG